GAUUCUUAGAACUGGCAAGGCAUCACAUGCAACCAGUUGCCUACAGCUCUUUCACUGAUGUGGAAACGUUGGCCUCAUCUGUGGCAACUCUGUCCUUUGCACUCCAUUCCUCAACUGGAAAGUGGAAACAACACCUUCUUCCUCCCCUUCCUUUGCUCCUCUCAUUUUUAUGGAGUAGUGGAGUACUCCUUUUGAGCUCCCUCCGGUCAGUACAUACUCACCUUCUCCAAGCUUUUGCUUCUUAGCGUUGGCUUCGAGAAGCAAGCGGGAGGGAGGAGUUGAGGAGAUCAUGGGGAGGGGGAAGAUUGAGAUAAAGAAGAUAGAGAACCCAACUAAUAGGCAGGUGACUUAUUCCAAGAGGAGGUCAGGGAUCAUGAAGAAGGCGAGGGAGCUCACCGUGCUGUGCGAUGCUGAGGUCUCCAUCAUCAUGUUCUCCAGCACCGGCAAGUUCUCUGAUUACUGCAGCCCUUCCACUAACACCAAAAGUAUCUUUGAUCGUUAUCAACAAGUGUCAGGGAUCGACUUGUGGAGUGCACAAUAUGAGAGAAUGCAAAAUAAUCUGAGCCGUCUCAAAGAGAUCAACCGUAAACUCCGCAGAGAAAUAAGGCAAAGGAUGGGUGAAGAUCUUGAUGGGAUGGACAUUAAGGAACUGCGCGGUCUUGAGCAAAAUCUAGAUGAGGCAUUGAAGGUUGUUCGCAAUAGAAAAUAUCAUGUGAUCAGCACUCAAACAGAAACCUACAAGAAGAAGGUGAAGAACUCCCAAGAAGCUCACAAGAAUUUACUGCAUCAAUUGGAGAUGAAAGAUGAACAUGGAGGUGUUUACCUGUGCGUGGAGGAUGAUGGAGUGCUUGCUCAUCCCAUGUACUCCUACAGGGUUCAACCCAAUCAACCAAACCUUCAGGCCAUCAGAUCAUAUGCCUCUCAUCAUGAUCUACGUCUUGCUUGAUUUAUAUAUAUAUAUAUGAUUAAUUGCAUGUAUAUAUGCACGCAUGCAAUUAGUAUAAGCUAUUUAAUUAUAUGAAGUGCUGUUUAAUUAAGUUAAUCUUAUGACCUGUCCGAGGGCAAUUAAUUAAGACUCGAAAUUAGUGUUGUUAAUUAUAUUAGUGAUGUUUUAUAGCGUGAAAUGUGAUGGGACUUUUAGUUAACUAUGUACAUUACAGAUUAUAUUUGUAUUAGUAGCUCUCA